AGCGUUAUAUCGCCCGCCGCGAUUACGAACGCUCGUGCAGUAGUCGUCAUGCAGCAUCUCCGAGACCCGGCAAAAGACCAUCACAGUACGUGAACACCGCACAACUGCUCUCUAUCGCGACACUAUACAUUAUAUUAUAUCCGCGUAGUACGAGACACCCUUCCCCGGCACCGAGUACACAAUAUAAUACACACAUUCAAUUAUAGUAACUCGUACACCGUCUUAUACCAAAUAGUCAUCAUCACAAACGUGUAUUUUUAUUAUUUUUUUUUAUUACAUAUUGUCGUAUAGAAAAACGUAUGUAUUUAUCGUUUUGAUUUGAUCGUAUACACUGCAACGUUUAGCGUAGAGAAUCGCACAUCAUUCGCAUACGCGAAGAGAGGGAUAGAGAAUAGAUAUAUUUCGAUGUAAACAAUAAUUAUUUUUAAAUAAUACAUUACGAGUAAAUUUGAAAAUACAAAAACAGGUUUUGCGUUGACGCAAUUCUCGCGUUUUUCGAGCGCGCAGAUCGUAUACAGAACAUUAUUAUAAUCUAAUAAUUAUAAUUCAUAUUUUUUUUUUUCUACUCGUUUGAGUGAAUAUCAUUGGUUAAACUGUUUACCACGCAUAUUAAAAAUAAUAUUUAACAUGGAUGGUAAAAUAUCUUCAGUAUUCGAAAAAUACUUUUCGCCUUCCCCAUUGGUGAACCAAAUAAGGAAUUUUGUCAAUCGGCAAAUAGACGAACAAAUGCCACAAAACGUAAGCGCACAACCAACAGUAACGAAACACCACAGUAAUAAUGUAGUGAACGGCACCACUCCGAAACCCACAAGCAAUGAAAAACCAACGGAAAUCCAAGUACAUCCACAACCCACUCAGCCUACCGAUAGAAACUUAGUGCACGUUACUAAAGCACAAAUGAAAGAAUUUCAAGAAGCGUUUAGGUUAUUUGAUAAAGACGGUGACGGCAGCAUCACGAAAGAAGAAUUGGGUCGAGUUAUGCGAAGUCUUGGACAGUUCGCUAGAGAAGAAGAAUUGGAAACAAUGUUACAAGAAGUCGACAUUGAUGGCGAUGGAGCGUUCAGUUUUCAAGAGUUUGUGGAAAUCGUGUACAAUAUGGGUGGUACGGCAGAAAAAACCGCGGAUCAAGAGGAAAAAGAACUCCGAGACGCAUUUAGGGUAUUUGACAAACAUAACAGAGGAUAUAUAAGUGCGUCGGAUUUAAGAGCCGUCCUUCAAUGUUUGGGCGAAGAUUUAUCAGAAGAAGAAAUUGAGGAUAUGAUCAAGGAAGUAGACGUGGACGGGGAUGGAAGAAUCGAUUUUUACGAAUUCGUGAAUGCUCUUGGAGAACCAGGAGAUGAUUAUGAUGAAAACGAUGAAGACGAAGAAGACAUUUACCCCCAAUUGGACAUUCAAACAUAGUUUUAAACAAUUACACGUCUUAAUAUUAUAAUAAAUUCAGUUAAAAUUGAAUUAUCAAAAAUGAUAACAAUAUUUUUUGUAAACUUAGGUUAAAAUGUUAAGAACAUACCCAUUUUGUAAUUUCUAUCAGGAAUAAACACACCAAUAUCUGUUUUAA